AUGCAUUUCCUCGCCACCGUCGCCUCUCUGGCCUCCAUCGCCAUGGCCGCCUCCGCCACAGGCCCAGCCUGCUCGGCAACCACCUCCAACGUCCAGCUGGCCAACAAGAUCGUCGCCGAGGCCGCCACCGACAUCGACGCCGCCCUCAGCCUCGCCGCCGGCUUCAAGUGCCCGGCCCCCAUGGCCUACAGCCCCUGGACAAAGGCCUGCUCGUGCCUCCCCGGCCAGAGCUUCGACGGCAAGACCUGCUCCGGCACCGCCCUCGUCGGCGCCUGGCCCAUGCCCAAGUGCUCCGCCUCGGGCUCGACCGUCGCCCUCAGCGCCUUCUGCGCCAUCUCACCCGUCAAGUUCACAAAGUACGAUGCCACGCACGCCUGGUGCCAGGCCACCGUCGAGACCUUCACCUUCUGCGCCGAGGCUGAGAUCGAGGCUGAGAUCUCUGCCUUGGGUCUGGGCAUCAACCUGGACGUCGAGCUCGACAUCUCCCUGACCUCCAAGAUCAGCGCCACCCUCCGUGCCACCUCUGCCGCCCUCGCCGGUUUCUUCGUCGAGACCCUCGCUGAGGCUGUCGUCAUCUUCAACACCAACGCUUUCGGUCUCGUUGCUGUCGCCGCCGACGUCGAGGCUUCUCUGACCACCGGCCUCUUCGCCCAGCUCAAGGCCACCGCCUGCCUGCUCGGCCUCGGAACCUGCCAGUUCGACUGCGUCUCCUUCAGCACCAAGGGCUGCCACAACUACAUCGACGUUGUCGGUGCUCUCGGUGGCCGCAUCUCUGGCCUCGUCGGUGUCACCAUCCUCUCCGACACCAUCCUCUCUGUCAGCUCCACCAAGGUUGUCAGCACCCUCCACGUCCAGGACAUGCUGUGCACCAGCACCAAGCUCAACACUCCUCUCGUUUCCGAGUACAAGUUCACUUGCUAA